ACAUUCUGUCAGGCGCAAAAUGGAAAAAGUUGAAGAACCGCCAAAAUGUGAUCCUCGCAAUUAUGCUAGAUAUUACGAUACACCUGACGGCUGCAAUGUCGAUACGAAGGUCAUGGUCGCCAGCCGCUACGGCAUCGUGGCAGGCCUCAUCGCGGGCACGUACGAUGUCCUCAUGUACUCACAUGUCGUGGGGCUGAUGCCCAUCCUCUCGAGGUAUGCCCGCCACGUGGUUCCUAUAGGCCUGAUGGGAGCAACAUUCGCUGUGGUCGCUAACGCCGUGCAGCAUGCAAGAGAAGCUGACGAUCCCCUGAACUAUUUCCUUGGUGGCCUCGCUUGUGGCCCACUGGUAGCCCUGUACACUCGCUCCAAGCACGGUAUUGUGGCUGGAGGCAUCUUCCUAGGCAUCGCCGGAGUAAUCAAGAAGGAAUCAGUCGACAGAGGAGUGGCAAUAUUCCCCGAUUAUCCCCGCGGCAUGAACACCAUCACUGGAGCCAAGAGAGACUUUUCACUCGUUCGUGAUCCUCGCGAUGAUAUGCGGCACACUUGCGAUGAUGACUUCGACGACGACGAUGACGAUGAUUAUGAUGAAGAAGAAGAGGCAGCCGAGGCCCAAGGCGCGAAGAAGAAGAAAAAAAAGAAGAAGAAGAAGAAGGUCUGCUAGUUAGACUUAAGCUGCCAGCCGAGUUUGACCUGCUAGUUAGACUUAAGCCACCAGUGGCGAUUGACCUGUUAG